AAACAUGGCCCAGGUAUUAGACGCUAUUGUUAAGGAAAAAGUUGUUAAGUUGAGAGAUCGAUUUAAACCUCCGAUCAAUGAUAAUAUUUAUAAACACAUAUUGAAACUAUUAAAAGAAAAAGUUGAACAGGGGAAAACUUCGAGUUUAACAAAAAUGCCGGAGAGAGUUAGAAGAUUUUGGAAAAUACACGGAAAGGAAUUCGUUGAUAUUACAGAUCUUACCAAAUACUUUGGGCGUUUAGAAAAUGGCAUUAUGGUAAAAACAGGCCGAAUCCUUUUAUCUGAAUCAUUAGCCAUUGAAAUAAUCAGUAAAUAUGCUCUUGAACAUGGUAAAGAAACUAGUUCAACAAUUCAUAAAGAUUUGCAAUCUAAAUUUGAAUUACCUCUUCCAUUUAUACAGACUUAUGUGAAAAAAGCAAUUAAUGAAAAAGUGGAAAAGAAUCGAAAAUGGAGUUCUCAAAAGUUACAAGAAAGAUUAAGUGAAGCUCAUAAACAAGCUAUUAUGGAAGCAGUUGAAAAUAUUACACAAUCUGAUUCUAAUAAUUUAGAUAAAUCAUUAACAACAAUAAAACUUGUACAAAUGGGAGAAAUUGAAAGUGAAAGUGGAGAAACAAGCAAAAGUACACCAUUAUUGUUAAUUCAUCCUAAACCAAAAAGGAAAGCAAAACAAAUUAAAUGUGACAACAAUCAACAGUUUUCAAAAACUCAGUUUCCAAUAUUUUCACAACCACCAUUAUCAUCAUGGCAGGAACACCCUCGUAACUUAAUUCCUGAAUUAUGUCGCCAGUUUUAUCAUUUGGAAUGGCUUUCUGGCACAGGUGGUGGAAUUAGCAUUAGACAUGGAAAUGAAAUUUACAUUGCUCCUUCUGGAGUUCAGAAGGAGAGAAUUCAACCUGAAGACUUAUUUAUUCAAGAUCUUGAAGAAAGAUUUAUAUCUGGACCCGCUUCGCAUAAGAAACUUAAAAAAAGUGAAUGUACUCCACUCUUUAUGAAUGCUUACACAAUGAGAGGAGCUGGUGCAGUUAUACAUUCCCAUUCCAAAAAUGCAGUUUUAGCUACACUUCUUUAUCCAGGAAAGGAAUUUCAGAUAACGCAUCAAGAAAUGAUUAAAGGAAUCAAAAAGGGUACUACAGGUACAAAUUACAGGUAUGAUGACCUUUUGAUUGUACCAAUUAUUGAAAAUACACCAUUUGAAAAAGAUUUAAAGGAUUCAAUGGCACAAGCUAUGGAAGAAUAUCCGGACACCUGUGCGGUGUUAGUGAGACGUCACGGUAUUUAUGUCUGGGGCGAUACGUGGGAAAGAGCAAAAACAAUGUGUGAAUGUUACGAUUAUCUAUUCGACAUUGCAGUCAGAAUGAAGCAGAUGGGACUUGACCCGACUGCCAGACCUUCAAGUGAAAAUGUACAGCAUGUGGUUACUGUCCCACUAGUGUGUCAGACGGACGAGCAUGGCAUCGCCACUGCGGAAACCACCAAACAGACGAGUGAAAAUAUUCAGGUAAUUGGAUGCUUGACUAUUUUUCUAACAAUGAAUAUAAUAUUUAUUAUUAUAGUUGAAAUGAAAGUCAAAAGUAAUUUUUAAUUAAUUUCCUUAAAUGGCCAAAUGUCCAAGCAGCAUCAACCCACCCCUCUGAGACUUCCCGGAGUGGUGGACUGAUGAAUGAAUUUGGAUUGGUCAAAAAACCCAAAGAAAUUUUUCAGAGUUGUCUAUUUGGGAUAUGUCAGGCUCUAUUCUCACUGGCCAGCUGCCCCAUUAUGGGUCCAACCAACUCAUGAAAAAUGAUCCUCUUAAUGUUCAAAGGGCAGAAAGAGUAAAAAAAAAAAAGUUGAUUUUUUUUUAAUGAAAUGUCUUGGAAGUCUAAUAUUAACUUUGUAAUUGAAAAAGGUAUUAUUGUCAUCAUUUUGUCCAUUUUAAUCACAAAAAAAUAUUUUUUGGUUUGUGCAUGUUUCAGUGGAGUGACAUAUACAGAUGUACUGUACUGUACAUCAAAUCUUGAUCUAUAACCUUCAAGAGAUCAUGAUACAUUGCUUGGUGGGUAGCAUAGAUCUCUUUUUCCUCUAGUUUAUUUAACACCUGGAUAUGAUAUGCACAUUUUAUGACUUUGUAAUGAAGGAUUUCCCAUACUAUCAGUUGUGGCACAAUGAGCACUUACCUGGCUUAGUUUUCUGAUUGAUAACAUAGACUCUGUGUUAUCACAGUUUCUAUACCGCUGGGGAGGUUGGAAGUCUCCCGAUCCGGCAACAGGUUGUUAAACCUUCUCACUGUCAAGAUGGCUUAAAAAUUUUUUCCUUUUAUUUACCCCGUUGUAACAGGAUUUAAUGUUUCAGGUCGAGUGGAGGAGAGGGAGGAGUGCCGUCGGUAAAGCGAUAGACGAUAUACGAGUAAAAGAAGACACCAAUUUAACAAGGAAACAAUGGUUUAUUAGCUAUCUAUAUAGACUGUACACUAACUAUUAUUGAGGGAAAAUUCUGAGUCCCCUAACGCGAAGGGCCGAGAGAGAGUUUACAAAAAUCUGUUCCAUGCCUCUUCCUGUAUUUCGAUUUUCUUGAGGAAAUAAGAUACUGGUAUCCAACUGGUCCAGAAAUGGUACAAUGGUACAAUAUUGGAAGGACACAAUAUUAAAGCAGUUGCCGGACACUAGCCGGUUGAUGAACGACUCUCCCGAGAGGGGGUAGCAAGUGGCUUUUAUAGUUUCAUCGUGGGAGAAUAGUCACGUGAUUACUUAUUGUGAGGUAAAAGGUAUGCGGAUGGGUCAAAGUUGUCCCCCGGGAUCAUGCUAACUAUCAACUUUGGAGUUGGAAUGUGGGAUUAUUUUUGAAGUGGACAGAUGUUUACUUUGAAUGAAAGGGGAGAUUGGAAUUUUUCCCUUUUUUGAGUUAGGUUUUAGUUUAGGUUUAAAGGACUUUAAUUGAAAAAUAAUUGGCAAAAAUUCCGGAUUUCACAUAUAGAACUGUUUCGUUUGAUAUAGUGGGUUUUCCAGAAAGUUGUGCAUCACGUACAUUACCCAUUUGCUUGAAUUUGUUAACCAACAGUCUGAUAUUGGCACCAAUAGGAACAGACUUCCCGAAUUUCUUUCUGGGUUUCUGUACUUCCAUUUAGUGUUUGUAUAUGCUUUGGUGGUUAAUCCACCAAAGCAUAUGCAAAUAACAGUGGCUCUAUUUUCUUGGAUCGACAUGUUUCACAUG